AUGAAUGGAGUCACUGGCCCUUAUGUCUCUACUAUUCUGGUCGAUAAACUUGGAGCUUCGUCGGAUUCUUGCCUUAGAACGAAGCCUAUGCCCGACUUUGGAGGUGGCCACCCUGACCCUAACUUGACUUAUGCCAAAGACUUGGUUACCCGUAUGGAACGAGGUGAACACGACCUUGGUGUAGCAUUUGACGGAGAUGGAGAUCGUAACAUGAUUCUGGGAAAGAACGGAUUCUUUGUUACUCCAAGUGAUUCUCUUGCAGUUAUUGGUGCUAACUUACAGUCGAUUCCGUACUUCCAGAAGAAUGGAGUUAAUGGUAAGGAUGAAAACUUGAUUACAAGGAUUAUGUAGUAUUACACAAAUCGUAGUUUUACAUAAAUAUCAAUGAAUUUGUCAGUAUAAGAAAAUCUAAGUUAAAUAAUCUUAGGUUUUGCACGGUCUAUGCCUACUGCUUGCGCUAUUGACAUUGUAGCCAAAGCAAAGAACCUACCUUGCUACGAGGUUCCUACCGGCUGGAAGUACUUUGGUAACCUGAUGGACGCCAAAAAACUAUCACUCUGCGGAGAAGAAUCGUUCGGAACAGGGUCCGACCACAUUAGAGAAAAGGACGGAAUCUGGGCGUUCUUGGCGUGGCUUCAGAUUCUUGCCAGAAGCCGCUCCACUGUCCCAGAAUUGAUCAAAGGACAUUGGAAGACUUAUGGCCGAAAUGUGUUCACUAGAUACGACUACGAGAACGUUGAUGCUUCUGGAGCCAACUUGAUGAUGACUUACCUGACGCCAAUGUUGGGAGGAUUCGCCGGAAUGGAAUACAAAGCCAACAACCAGGUGUUCAAGGUUGUGAAAGCCGACAACUUCUCCUACACCGAUCCUGUAGAUGGUUCGGUAGCCAAGGAUCAAGGAAUCAGAAUCUUCUUCGAAGGCGGGGCUCGUGUGAUUUACAGGCUGAGUGGUACUGGAUCUGCUGGUGCCACUAUUAGAGUGUACGUCGAAAAGUACCUUGCCAACAACGAUCCUCAGCUGGAGGCAUCUUCUGAAGUAAGUUUUUCAAGAUUCUUUAAAAAAUUUUUUUUUUGGCACGUAAAAGUAUUAUUGUUUUAAUUGAUGUUAAUAUUAGGUGCCGGCAAAAGUUUUUCCACAAUUUUUCUAAAAUUUACCAAAAAAUUAUAGACAGUUCUAGAAGUUUCUGUUGAUAACCUAUAUAAAGAGUUGUCUAAGGACUAAAAACUAUUGCAUGUUCAAGCAUUCUGUUGUUUACGAUGGUUCAGGAAAUCAAGGUGAAACAUGACCAUGUUUGAGCAAUGUUGCUUCUCAAAUUCCGCAAUCCCGGCAACGCAACAAGAGCGACGAAGGAAAUAUGCAGUGCUGUAGGGCCUUCAGUUGUCUCUUACGACAUCACAAAAGUUUGGUUCCACAAGUUCAAAAACGGUGACAUUGACAUGUCCGAAAAGUUCGAUAUGGUAGACCAUCAGCGUUGAAGAAACCCCACCUUCUGAAGCUGAUUGAAGAAGACCCCAGACAAACCUGUACUCAUUUGACUGUAGAGCUUCAGUGUGAUCCUUCUACCAUAUUAACUAGACUUCACGACCUUGGAAGAUCAUGGAAAUAUGGUCAAGAGGUUCCACAUGAUUUGAACAUCGACCAGCUGAAACGCUAAGUGGAAGUUGCAUUUAUUUGUUGAUGUUCCCAAGGACCUUUGCAUGACUUGGCAAUUUGGUUACUGGGGACGAGAAGUGAGUACUGUAUGUUAAUCACACCAGGAAGAAACAAUGGCUUGAACGUGGAGAACAAGGUACACCAACCCCAAAACCUGAUCUUCACCCACUGGAUAGUAUGAUCAGCGUUAGCUGGAACUCAACAGGUAUUGUGUACUAGGAAAUGGUACCACAUGGAACUACGAUCCCUGUGGAUGUCUACUGUAGACAAAUUAAAUCUGUUGCGGCGGCAUUGCAUGGUGAACAGUAUCGAACCUUCUUCAUUCAUGAUGCUGCUCGCGCCUAUGUGACAAACUUGACCCAGCACAAGCUGAAAAGCUUCGGCUGGGCUGUGAUACUAUAUGCACUGUACUCAAUUGGUGUUGUGCCUACAGAUUAUAAUAUGUUCCACUCUCUUCAAAACCACCUGAACGCAACACACUUUAACAAUCGAGAGUACCUCAAGAGAUGGUGGGCUAACUUUUUCAAUUCUCAAACUCCAGGUUUCUAUAGAAGUUGAAUCCAAAUGCUGCCGAAGGAAUGGAAACAGGUCGUUGAUAAUAAUGGUACAUAUAUUUGUUCAUUAGUUGAUGUUCUUUUUUUUAAAUAUUAAAUUUUGGUAAAACCAAAAAUCGUGGAAAAACUUUUGCCGGCACCUAAUAUUAUCAUAAUAUUAUUGUAACUGUUCAUAUUUAGCAAAGUUUAUAUUUUAAUAAUUGAACGUUCAGGAGUUGUUGAAGCCAGCAGUCCUUGUAGCCCUUCAAAUCUGUAAAAUGGAGCAGUUUACUGGCCGCACUGCCCCAACUGUCAUUACUUAA